AUGGAACUUGAUCGAAGGCUCGAACAGUGUACUACAUUCAAUGUUGAAUAUGUUGAUGAAGAAGGGCGAAUUCUCGGAACAAUGGACAAGGUUCAACCGUUACCGAGGCAAAAACUUCAUGAAUGCCUCGAUCACAAGCUGAAACAAUGGGGUUUAUCGCCAGAUAGCGUGUCGUUCUUUGUGGAGAACUCACGAACCCCUUUGCCCGACAAAUGUGAGGCCGAAUAUCUGGCUGGACAUCGGAUUGUCGUCAGAGAUGCAAAUUCGUGCUCAUCAUGA